CCUGAGACGGGUUCGCUUCUCCCAAACAUAUAAGCGCGAGCACACGGUGAAGGCUCAGAAACACCGCGUGAAGAAGGAGAUUAUAAAGGAGCUUCCGCUGGACUAUAUUCUGAGAACCCGAGGGAAACACUGCUGCUGAUUAACACAACUUCUACAACUUUAAAGCUACCUGAACUCCGGAGAGCCAUGCUGAACCUCUGCCUCGUGCUGCUUUUAUCCGCCUCCGUGUUCUCAGAGUCGGUGAGGGAGACGGAGACCUGGAUGCCCAUGAAGACGACACAGACGGCCGCCAUGUCCACGCACGUGGAGUCGUCGGGAGACUCGCCCAACGGCUCCGACUUCGACUUCACGGGCGACGACAGCGAAGACGAUCGGCACAACCUGAACGGCGGCGAGGGCGAUGAUGAUGAUGAUGAUGAUGAUUACUACGAUGACGACGAGGACGAGUUCUCCGGCUCUGGUGAUGGAGCAACAACAGCAACACCUGCAGGAGAUUCCAAGCCUUCAGAAAAGCCUGAUGUGAACGACAACAAGAUCCCAGAGGUGGUGCGGCCCACCGUUAACGAGGUGGACAUCGUGCGGAACAGCAACGAGAUCCCGCGGCCGGGUAACGAGCUCAAGUCCGAGCCCGCCGUUGAUUUCCCGUCCAACGUCCUGAUGGCCCACGCCAGCGACGACAGCAUCUUCAACAAGACGGAGGUCCUCGCAGCUCUGAUCGCGGGCGGCGCCGUGGGCCUGAUGCUCGCCGUCCUCUUCAUCCUCCUCCUCAUCUACCGCAUGAAGAAGAAGGACGAGGGCAGCUAUGAAUUGGGGAAGAAGCCCAUCUACAAGAAAGCCCCGACCACAGAGAUCUACGCAUAAACUCUGACCUCCACACACACACACACACACACACACACACACACACACUGUGCCUCAUCAUCAUACCCCCCCCACUUCCUCCUCAUCUGCUCGACUCAGGAGGGAAGCCCCGACAACUCAAUCGAUUGACUGACUCCUCCUCCCUGAUGUUUGCUAAUAUUGGUGCUGCUCUCUUAACCAAUCAGAGGCUUUGUUGGCCCUUUCGUCCCGGAGGAAAGGAGCGACAGGAGUGGACGAUUUCAGCCGCGGCACACGGUGAUCAUUUCAUGAUUUGUCAGAGGAGAAAUCAGACCACAGAACUCAGGAGGAUAAAGGUCCCCCCCCCCCUCCCGUUAAAACACUAACACUGUGCAAUGAUUCUCCGUAUGGUACAAACUAACAGCCGGUUAUUUAUUUCCCCCCCUCUCUGGGUGACUCUCCCUGGACUGCAGCUUCUCACAUGUUACUGUAGCAAAGGAUUUUUAUUUGAACCUUGUUGAGUUUUUUAAAGACCUCCUUGUAAUGCAGAGAGAUUUCAGAAAUGUCUUUUUUUUCUAUUAAAGAUCCCGUCAUGAUGGGAAAGAACUGAGCUGACGUUCAAACUCGUUUGUUUUUUAGAAGACAUGCAUCACUGCGCAGUUUGUUAUUUUUAACCUCCGAUUACAGCGAGAGGAGAGACAGUCAAACCAGGGUCACAAAAUAUUUUUGCACAACUUACUAACCAACUUCCUGUUGUGUACGCUUUUAGCUCAUUAAAACAACCUAAAGAUAGACUUUUAAAAUGAUUUCAACCUUCAGGCAUGUUGAGUAUUUCCUCAGUCUGGUACGUCGCGCCUGAUAAGAAAAGCUAGACUAAUCCGGGAGAAGGAAUGAGCAAAAAACAAUCACACUUAUAAAUGUUUUGCAGUGUUUGAGAGGACCACAACUUGUUGCCCAACCCUUGGUCCUCAUGAGUAAGCAAAACAAACUCUGUACUUUUUAAAAGCCUUUUUACCAUUUAAAAUAAUAACCGCCGGGUUUGUUUUUCUGUCAUUAUGGUGAACUCGACUGGACAUGCUCCUACAGGGUGACACACCUACAUUCCACACACACACACACACACACACACACAGCUCAGUCAUGUGUCGACUGAAGCUGCUGACCUUCGUUCACAGUGAAGUUCAAAGUAAACGUUUCAUUACGGGCCGUCGCUGUAUGAGUUGCUUAAACGGAGGGAAACUGCUAGCAUGGUUGCGUUCAAAUAUCUCAGAGUUAAAGUUACGGCACGCUGACAAUACACCGUUAAAUCCAAUCCCCUUAGGGCGAAUUAUAUCACCUGGAUAAUCAGUUUAUUAUGAAGCAGAAAUAGACUUCACAUGGCAGGUUUACAAAUGUAGUGACCUGGCUGUAAUCAUUCUUAAACACUAUCUUGUUAAAUGCGUAAAACACAAAUCAGCGUUUAUACAAAAGGUUAAAGUUCUAAACUGUAUCUGGAAGCUUCCAGCUAAGAUACGAGCUGCUUAAAAUGCAGAGUAUCCUUUAACCCUCUGUUUCUGAUAAAUCAUGUUAUUCAGGGACCUUUUAAAGAUAGCUAUUGGAUGGAUUUUUGUUACUGUUUUGUUCAGCGGUUUCCCUCCGUUUCUAGCCUUUGUGCUAAGCUACACUAAUCGGCCAAAAUGGCAAACAUUCCUCUAGCUACAUGCCGUUUAUACAUAACUUUUAAAAACGGUAAUAUACCGUUAGCUGUUGUCCAGUGAAAAGACGUGUUAUGCUCGGAGAAACUGGUAGUUUUGGUACUUUGUUUUUACACCAUGGGUUUUGAUGCUAUCUCAAUAAGCUACGCUGACAGUUUGUUAGUUUUCUAUAUUUUAAUUAUCGGGUUCUACGAGCGUUCACUGAAGCCGUGAACCGGUUCAUACGCUCACAUUUCUUUAGCUGAAGACAGCAGCACACAGCCUGAUCUACCACGGACUUGUAUAUAGAUGAAAAACAGAUAAAAAUCACAAAAAAAAAAGUUCCUGGCAACAAGAAUAUCUACCAAAUAUUUAAAUGCCAAAUUGUUUUCCUGUUUUGUUUCCCGCCAUGUGAUUUACUGAAAAUGUUUUCAAUACUAACUCCUCUCAUUGACCUCCAGUAGAUCAACGUGUUCCUUUUUUGUAUUAAUUUAACUGUCAAAUUAUUUUAUUGCCUUCCUUCAGGUCGGGGAGUUUCCCCCUUUUUUAUGCUGAUGUGUAUGUGAUUUGAAAAGGUUUAUAUUUACACUAGUUUGAGAUUUUCAGAGGCAAAUAGUUUUGAGACUUUUUAUUUUGUAAGAGUUUCUAUCUUUGAUCUUUUUAGACUUUUGUUGUAUUUAUGUUUUGUUUGUAGAAGGAUGUGUGGAUGGUGUUCAUCUCGUUGUGCCCGUCAGACCCGGCGCCGUUACUAGCUUUUUGUUUGGGAGAUGUGUUGCAGCCAUAACGGAGCCUGCUGAAACAUGUAGUUGCAAAUCAAGGUUGUUUCCACGCAGUAUGAGAAACAUUUCGACUCGUUUUCAAGGCUUUCGCCUCCCGAGAAACAAGAUUAAUCAACACUGCUUCUUGUGGAGGAACUUUAUUACGCUUGGUCACAGAAAGAGUCAGCCUCCCUGUGUCUGUGAUCGCAGUCAAUAAAUAACCUUUGUUGGUAACGGUGCCCCGGUCUGUUUCCUGGGAGCGUUUGUUCUGCUGCUUAAUGUCACAAACACCACAUGUGAAUCACCGUGGAGUGCAGAAGCUAAUGAAUCAUUGGCUUCUGCAGGUUCUGAUUUAUUAUUGGAAAUAAAGCUAUUUUUAUGCACAUUAACAAAA